CGUACUCUCUGUAUCAUCUGAUUAGAUAAAGAGGGCUUGGUUCUGCCUCGGAAUCAUCAAACCCCGGCGCAGCUAUCAUUUUGUUACGUGCGUUUUCACGGCGAGAGGUGCGAAAGGUCUGCAAGAAUGGUGUCCCUGCAGACUAUUGCGAGUAUAGUGAUCAAAGUGCUAAAGUUGGUUAUCAACCUCAUCAUACUGAUCCUGUACCGCACGGGAUACGGUGGUGAGUUUCUAGGCGUGGGUGGAACUUGGAACCUGAACGAGGACAAGAAUCCCGAUGCCGAGAUCGUCGCUUCCGGCGUAUUCGUCGGAUUCUUCAUCUACACGAGCGUCGUCCUCGUCAGCUACUUUUUGGGGAAUACCGAACACAAAAAGACUCUCGUUGAAAUCAUCAUGAAUUUCGUCGGAACGUUCAUGUUUGUGGCUGUGGGUGGGACGGCACUACAUUACUGGCAUGGUUAUCAACCUGAGCAGAAAUUCAUAUAUGACGCGCCAGAGAGGCAGGUCGGCCUGGCCCUGGGCUCGUUGUGCGUUUUGGAAGGCGCGGCGUACCUGAUGGACUUAAUAUUAACUUUUCUCCAUUUCGCUAAGGAUGAAUUUCAAUAGAAGAGAAAGUAUUGCGAGAUAAACAUCGUUUUAAUAGCGACACUUACUUACGAAAAACUUCCGUUUCAUUCCAUCUACGUCAAUUCAUGCUACAACUAACAGUAUAUACCGAAAAGUGGAAGUUUCCUACUCUCUUGGAGUGAAAAUGGAACCAUGGAGUAAAAUAUUCGCUCUAUUGGAGAAAAUGUUCACUCUAAUAGUGUUUGCUUCAAUAGAAUGUUUGCUUCAAUAGAAUGAAUAUCUUUUAUGUUAAACUCUAUUACGAUUAGAUUAUGUCCGAUGUCUCUGGGUAUAUUGUUAGCCACGUUUCCGCACGGAGGUUUCUCUCUUCGCAGAAAAUGCAAGUAACCUUGUCCUUCUUUGUGGAGAGACAAAGUUUACUCAUUGUACGUUUUUAUACACAUUCAUUCGCACAGACGUACACUUCCCAUUGAAAAUACAUGUAAACGUAUACGGAAUAAAGUUUAUUUCAAAAUUUGUAAUAAAAUGGCUUAGAACAUA